GAGGUAGGAAUUCUAACCGAGUCGAAUGGUACGGACAUCGCCGACAGAGACCGCAAACACGGAGCACUCCUUUUAAACACGGUCUUAUGACUGGAACCCGCUCAAUCAGCUGGCUACUCAAGGAGCGGACAGGAGUAGCCAACAAACACAAGGACAGGAGAAGUGAGAGGGACAUACGCGCACACAAGCUCCCCAGUGACAGUGAUAGCAGACGUUUGUGGACAUCGGAUAUUUGGCGAUAACUGCCUGGAAUUGGAACGGAAAACCAAAAUAAUUGUAGUCUUUCUCUGUACCUGUCUUCAUUUACAUUACAUUUCCAGGUACAUUUACAUUACACUUCCAGUGACCUCAUCACUGCGGACCCGCCCACUCUGACAUCAUCAGCUCUAUUUUUACCUUUGACCCUGCACCUCCAAGGCCAUGCGUCGCCUGUCGAUGACCUCACUAUUCGUCUGCUUCUGGUUGGCGGGGAGCGGUCAGUGUGACGCCAGCUUUCAGGACUCCAUGGGAGAGCUGCACACAGAGUUCGCCGUCAGACUCUACCGAACGCUCAAAGAGACGGAGAAUAACUCCAACCUGAUUGCGUCGCCGCUGAGCGUCUCGCUGUCCUUGGGACUUCUGCAGCUGGGCGCCCGCGGCAACACGCUGGCACAACUGGAGGCGGCGCUGGGAUAUGACGCCAACGACAUGCAGGUGCAGGACUUCCUGUUGCGGUCGCAGAGGGACGUGGGUAACUCCAGUCAAGGGGUGCGGCUCCAGCAGGCCUGCGCCCUAUUCAUCCAGACCGGCGUCCAGCUCCUUCCUGUUUUUACCCAGCAUGCAGCAGCCCUGAGCAACAGCAGUCUGGUCCGAGCCAACUUCAGUCAGCACAACCAAACCCGCAGCCAGCUGCAACAGUGGGGACGUAACCACGGCACCGGUGAGCCGCUCCAGUCCGGUGGCAGCGGGGAGCUGUUUGGGUCUGGCGAGGCCCAGGGAGAGACCUCGUUGUGGGCCAAGCGGCUGCAGAUGGCCCUGGUCAACACUGUAAACUUCCGGGGAGUGUGGCAGAAGCAGUUCCUCUUCACUGAUACCCAGAACCUUCCCUUCACCCUGUCGGACGGCAGCACCAUCAAGGUGCCCAUGAUGCACCAGGCCACAGAGGUCAACUUUGGGCAGUUCCGCACCUUGUCAGACCAGCGUUACACAGUCCUGGAACUGCCGUACCUGGGCCGCUCCCUCAGUCUGCUGGUGGCCCUGCCCAGUGACAGGAAGACACCUCUGUCCUCGCUGGAAUCCCAGAUAACACCCCGCGCUGUAGCCACUUGGGACACUGGCCUCCGCAGAACAAAGAUGGAUGUCUUCCUCCCCAGGUUUAAAAUGCAGAGUAGGUUCAACCUGAGGUUGGUUCUGCCGUCAAUGGGGGUCAGAGACGCCUUCAACCCAAUGGCAGCAGACUUCACCGGCAUCUCAGCAGAGGAAGGCCUGUAUGUGUCAGAUGCCUUUCAUGAGGCCAGGAUAGAGGUAACAGAGGACGGGACCAAGGCAGCGGCAGCAACCGCUAUGGUGCUACUCAAACGAUCCCGAGCUCCCGUCUUCAAAGCAGACAGACCUUUCUUCUUCCUCCUGCGACAAGUCAGCACAGGAUCUGUUCUAUUUAUGGGGCGUGUGAUGAAUCCAGCUGAACAGGCACCCUAGGACCUCCUCUACCACCCUAGGACCUCCUCAACCACCCUAGGACCUCCUCAACCACCCUAGGACCUCCUCAACCACCCUGGGACCCCCUCAACCACCCUGGGACCCCCUCCACCACCCUGGGACCCCCUCAACCACCCUAGGACCCCCUCCACCACCCUGGGACCCCCUCCACCACCCUAGGACCCCCUCAACCACCCUAGGACCCCCUCAACCACCCUAGGACCCGCUCCACCACCCUGGGACCUCCUCAACCACCCUGGGAUCCCCUCCACCACCCUAGGACCCCCUCCACCACCCUAUGACCCCCUCCACCACCCUAGGACCCCCUCCACCACCCUGGGAC